AUGGACUGCAAUUCGGGAGCUCAGUUAGGAUGGCAGUUCAAUAAGGAUGCUAUGAUGUUUCAGGGUCAUGUUCAACGCAAUCAAGCCCCUUCUGAGACUGAUAACCUGAUGCAAAUGCCUCUGAUGGGUCCUGCUAUGAUGAAUCCCACUGCUGGCGUUGAGUGGGCUCAAGCCUUCCAAAAUUCUCGAAAUGCAGCUAUUUCGCGACAAACUAAUGAGAUGGAACAAGCUUUCCUUGCAUCUCAACAAAGUGGGGUUGCGCCGAUGGCCGCGAUUUCUAGUAGUCCACUUACUAUGAACCAACACCAACAGCAGCAGCAAAUGGCUAUGAUGACUGGAAUGAUGACGGCCAGCAUGGGUGCAGGGUUGAUGUUGCCCCGCACACAGUAUCAGCCUACCCCACUCAACCUUACGCAGAUCCAGCAGCAGGACGCUUCAACAGUUGUUAACAAGACGGUCACCCCUCAAGAAGAUUGGACUAAGCAGCUAGGGCAACAACAAUGGGCGCAGGACUACACGAAUGUCGAGAACUUCACGUUGGAAAACCAAGCAGCGGAGUCAGUCGAGGAAAAAACAAAAAACAGCGAGUUCUUCUCGUUCAUGGAUCGCAUCCGCAAUCGUGAGGUUCUCAUCGAUGAAGAGAAGGGUGAGCUAGUCGCAGGGCCCGGACCAGAACCGGUGGUGAUGGAGGAUAUGGAAUAUCUCAAGGCAUGGAGUCGGGAAGAGGGCCUGAAUAUGCCGGAUAGCGUAUUCCGUGCGCAGCCGGAGGACGCGCACGAGCAAAACAUCGACGACUCGCAGGAAGUCGAAGACUGGGCGCGUGAAUACAUGGAAAGUCAGAGGAAUGCUGAAAGGGCCGCCAAUUCGACUGACUACCCAUUUGAGCCUAAUAAUCCGUACGUUCACCAUGACAACCCAUAUGAAGAUGGUUUGCAGAUGCUCCAGUUGGGCAACCUUCCAGAGGCUGCCCUUGCUUUUGAGGCGGCAUGUCAAAGAAACAAUGAGCAUUUUGAUGCGUGGCGCGUGCUGGGUACGACACAGGCCAAUAAUGAGAAGGACACGCUGGCCAUUAUCGCUCUCAACAAUGCACGUCGGAUUAACCCUCGAAAUUGUGAAGUGCAUGUGGCACUGAGUGUGUCACACACCAACGAACACAACACCGAGGCCGCCAUAGAUUGUCUGAAGCAGUGGUUGCUAAACCACCCCGAGUAUGAACAGCUGGCCCAAAUCCCUAUUGAGUUGAAUCAGGCGGCUGACUUUGAUGUCAGUGAGGCUUACUUUUUCUCGGACCCGGCCAAGAUGCGUGAGGUCGUCACUCUAUAUCAUGCCGCCCUGGAGAUGAACCCUAACGAUGCGGACCUGUACACUAACCUUGGCAUUCUCUACAAUAUCUCACACGAUUUUGACUUAGCGGCUAAGAACUUCCAGAAGACCGUGGAGCUGCGACCCAAUGACGCCAAGUUGUGGAAUAAACUCGGCGCGACCCUCGCCAAUGGCAACCACUCGGAGCAGGCACUUCAGGCGUACCAACGCGCGCUUGAUGUCGAUCCAGGCUACGUGCGCGCAAUGUUCAAUAUGGCGGUGGCUUACAGCAACAUUGGCAAAUAUUCACUGGCCGCCAAGCAUGUUGUGCGCGCACUGGCGAUGCAGCAAGGUGAUACGGACCCGAAAGGCGAGUCUAAUCUUAUCGCGACACGCGGCAUGUGGGAUUUGCUACGCAUGUCUCUCAAUCUUAUGGAACGACAUGACCUUGUGGAUCUGACCUUUAAAAUGGAGCUUGCGCCCUUCAUUAGAGAGUUUGGUCUAGAAGGUAUGGUUUGA